AUGGUGAACCAAACCCCCCACAUCGUCAUCCUAUCCUAUGAUGAAAAGAAGAUAAAAAAAUUCGUGUCAUAUUUGAUGAGCAUAUUUGAACCCCUGGAGAGUUACGAAAAGGCAGAUACGUAUAACCUCACAUUUAACCGGAAUGAUUUUCACAUUGAUGACAAUGGAUCCUCUUUUACAUUUAAAGAGAUGGCCAAGGUGGCCAUUGUGAAUAAGUACUACAGUGCGGAGGUCACUAUUUCUUCGUGUGUGAUUCAAUCGGGGGAGAAUGACAUUAGUGUAAAGGAAAAUCUGCAAGGGGCUGAUGAAGCAGAAGCCCCGCCGCAGAACCAGGCCAAGGAACUAGACGCUAAGGAUAUCCUCUGUGAAAGCGUUAUAUUCCUCUUUAGCAAUUUCAGCAAAAAGGAAAAAAACCUCGUUAAUGUAAACCCGUUUAGGAAAUACGAUGAGGAGUGUGUAGAAUACGUUAAAGAUCCACAAACCCAACAAAUGGUACGAAAUGCCAAUUUCGAUUUUUCAAAUUUUUAUAAAGACGUGGGGAUUAAAAUUGCCAUUUUUCCUUCAUCUUUCGAAAAAGACAAUAAAGAUAUUGUGAACUUUUUUAGCGAUUAUUUUAUUGAAUGCUUGUACGUAAAUUAUGAGUCGGAUUUUUCGGCACAAGGUGAAGGGCAGGAACAGGGCGAAGGGGAGCGACAUUCCAACUGUCCAGUUGAAGAAGACCAAAAUUUUAAAGAGGGAAAAACUCAAUUAAGAGAAUUUGAAGAACAGAAAGAUGACGAAAGGUUGGUAGAAGCGCUGCACUGCCAUAUGUGGAAGGGGCUGCAGAUUAAACGGGACCACUUGAUCAUUCCACCUAGGGGGGACUUCCCGAUGAGCGAAACCUCCAAGGGUGAUAAAACUGCACAAAAUGGGGAGAACCCCCCCCAGGGUGAUACAGCUCCCCCAGACGGAGCAGCCAAAAUUGAUCCAAACGAAACUGUGCCCAACGGUGACAAGACCCUCGAAGGACAGAAAGAAGAACUGUUCAUGGAAAACUUCAACAAAAUUGUGGAAAAAAUAAGAGUAGCAAAAAUGGAAAAUGAAAACUGCAGCAGCCAUUCUGCAAGGAGAAAAAAAGCGGAAGAAAUUAUUUUCGAACUGCAGCAGUACUUUUGUGACAUUGAUGAGGAGUAA